AUGGAAGGUGAACUCAAGAGCUUCAUCAAGGUCUUCAUCUCAAUAAUGGCGUCCCUCUUAUACUCUUACUUCAUAGCUUCAAAGCUUCCCAAAGGCAAAUUCAGGUUCUUCUCUCUCCUCCCAAUUUUCUCUCUCUUCGCCGUCCUUCCCCUCUCUCUCUCCACCGUCUUCCUCACCGGAACCGUCACCUUCUUCAUCACUUGGCUCACAACCUACAAACUCCUCCUCUUUUCCUUCAAUUUAGGCCCUCUUGUUUCCGACCCACCAUUGAAAUUCCCCUUAUUUGCCUUGAUUGCUUGCCUCCCAAUCAAAAUCAAGCCAAAAAAAACCGACCCAGAUUACAAAAAUCUCAAAAAAAUUCCAAAUCCCAAGUUGCCACUUAAUUUACCCUCCAAAAUAGUUAUUUUCGCCGGAUUUAUCGCCGCCGCCGACCUCGUUGACCGGCUCCGGCCAAAUGUGAAGCUCUGCGUCUACUCGGCGCUGUUGUAUAUCUUCGUCGACAUUCUUCUUGGUGUACCGAGUGUUUUCGUUCGAUUGACAUUUGGUGGCGUCGAGCUCGAACCGGGGUCGAACGAGCCGUACUUGAUGACAUCGCUCCAAGAUUUUUGGGGGAGAAGAUGGAAUUUAUUGGUGUCGAAUUCUCUCCGAUAUAGCGUUUACAAGCCGGUCCGAGCAGCCAUGGAGGGUCUAAUCGGGCCGACAUGGGCGGCGGGAGUGGCGGUGAUGGCGGUGUUUGUGGUGUCCGGAGUGAUGCAUGAGCAAAUGGUUGAAGGCCGCCGUGGGGCGACGGUGGCGGCCGCCGUCGGUGGUGGCGGGUCUGUUGACGUUGGCGUUUUUGAUGGUCACCGCCGCGUGGUUGUUCUAUCCGCCGUUCUUGAAGGCCGGUACUUUUGCAAGUCUUCUUAG